ACCCGGGAUAAAUAUGUAAAUCCUAUCCUAUCUCAAGUGAAGAAAUUUUACUGAGGUCAAAGUUCGGGAAGCAUUCAUUUUCCGAAGGGCGUUUUGUGGGCAUGUUCGAUCGGGGGAAGUCCCUUGAUUUAUAUGCACGAGACUUCCGAGAUGGACUUUGCGCUUCCCCACGCUUUAAUUAUGCCAUUUUCUGUCUAAUGUUCGGCUAUUUUUCAAGUUAUUACAGUAUUAACUGCUGAGUGGGUGUCGUAUCAUGCUAAAUAAAGGGCGUCAUACUGCGCGAUGUGUUAGUAAAACAUUAUAUAUUACCUGUGAAAUCAACAAGAGUUAUGUCAGAUCGGUUACACUUGGGUCAGCGAAAACGGAACUUGACUACAAUGAUGAAAAUGCAACUCGAGUUAACGCCAUGAAAAUUCAGAUGCUCCCCAAGAAGCUACAUCGUCAAAUAUUCAAGAACGAAGAAAUUGUGCCAAACGAAGCUUUACUAGAAAAGAAGGAAGCUUGCAUUAAAAAACUAAAACAUUUUAAUCUUUGGGGCAAAAACACUGAAAUUCUUCCUAAUGUUUCAUUUGACUUCCCAUCAUUAAUUGGAGACAAUAUUGAUGAGCAUUACAGAAAUAUCGCAACAGAACAAUGCGGAGGUUAUGUAAAAUCUAUUCUAGACUUGACCAACUGUUCACUUCCAUCUAAACCUAUAAAAUGGUCAAGCGAUGCUGGCUGGACGAAGUAUUUGAAAAAUGGUAAGAGCGUUUCAGUCAAAUUUCCUGAUGAAGUGUCUUUAAUUUUUGAUUGUGAAGUUUUGGUAACUGAGGGACAGAUGCCAGUAAUGGCGGUUGCAGCUUCGAAAGAUCAUUGGUAUUCUUGGUGCACUCAGCGCAUAUUUACCAGUGACCAAUCAAAUGGGAGCAUCGAAGAUUUGAUACCAAUGCAAUCAAAGGCGAGAUCGAAUUCCACUAAGGAACAAUCACGAAUUAUUGUAGGUCAUAAUGUGAGCUAUGAUCGUGCUCGAAUUAAAGAGCAAUACUUUCUUGAAGAAGAUGAUGUUAUGUUUGUUGACACAAUGAGCAUGCAUACUGCCAUUAGUGGUUUUACAAACGGUCAAAGAAUGUUAUAUGCAUCAGCCAGAAAAAAUAGCACGCAAGAUAAUAAUAGCACAGAUAAGGCAUCGUGGUUAGAUGCUGGUACAAUGAAUAAUUUGAGUGAUGUUCAUCAAUUUUACUGUGGAACUCCCAUAUCAAAAUUAUCAAGAGAUGUUUUUGUGGAAGGCUCUAUGGCAGAAGUUCGUGAUAAAUUCAAUGAGUUGAUGGAAUAUUGUUCAAAUGAUGUUACAGCAACACAUAAUGUCCUGAAAAAAGUGUUUCCAAACUUUGUUAAAAGAUUCCCACAUCCUGUUACUAUGUCUGCUGUGUUGCAAAUGGGGAACAUGUACCUACCUACAAAUAAAAACUGGCAGAGGUAUGUCAGAGCCGCUCAAACCACAUAUGCUGACUUAAAUAAAGAACUUAAAUCUCUAUUAGUAGAUAUUGCCAAUGAAGCAUGCUCAUCAUUACAUGAUGAAAAGUACAAAUCAGAUCCAUGGCUUUGGGAUUUGGAUUGGGAUACCAAAUCUUACAAACUUUUGAAACAGCCAAGAAAAGGAUGGGAGCAACCAUCAAACUUUAAAAAUAGUACUGAUGAAAAAGUACUAGAACAACCCAACUAUACAGAAACUGAAAAAUCGUGUCUUGAUAUCUUAGAAACAAAGUCAUCUUACAAACCCAGCUCUAUGAUGGAGUCAAUUUUAAAUACGGCUGCUUCACUGCCAAAAGUUAAGCCUCACCUACCAGGUUAUCCAAAGUGGUACACUGAGUUAUGCAUGAAAGAAAAUGAUGAAGACUGGGAACCCGGACCUGUGAAGUUGUCUACCUUGACUAAAGUUACACCAAAACUAUUGCGAAUGACGUGGUAUGGCUAUUGCUUGCACCACGAUAAAAGUACCGGAUGGGGAUUUCUUGUUCCAAGUGGAGGUUCAGGGAAUAUUGAUGAGGAAGGACAAAUGACUGCAUCAGAAAUUGAUUUAGAUGACGUGCUAGACUCUGAUAUUCCUGAACACGUAAGAGUUACUAUAACAAAUCGCCCUGUUCACAUUCCCAAUCUGCCUGAGGGUUAUUUGUUUUAUAAACUUCCUCACAAAUCAGGAACAGAUUAUAAUGUAGGCAAUCCACUCGCACAAGAUUUUUUGAAAAAACUUGAUGAUGGUGUAUUGAAAUCUGGUGAUGCGAAAGGAGCAUCAAGAUGUCUUGAAAUCAACCAAGCUUCAUCAUAUUGGCGCUCAUCACAGCAGAGAAUCAAGUCACAAAUGUACAUGAAACUACCUGAGAAAUACAUACCAGAAAAUAUAAAAUGCCAUACAAACUACACAGGUGAAGAAAUUGGUGCAAUACUUCCCAUAACAGCAGUAAUGGGUACAGUAACAAGAAGAGCAGUGGAAAAUACUUGGCUCACUGCAAUCAAUGUGCAAGAAAAAAAAAUUGGAAGCGAGCUUAAGUCUAUGAUACAAGCACCUCCUGGUUAUACGUUUGUUGGAGCAGAUGUUGAUUCCCAAGAAUUAUGGAUAGCAUCACUACUAGGCGAUGCGGACUCCGCCAAAGAGCAUGGGUGCACGCCAUUCUCAUGGAUGACUCUGCAAGGUACAAAAUCUAAAGGUACUGAUCUUCAUAGCAAGACCGCUGAUGCAAUUGGUAUAACGAGAGAACAAGCUAAAAUUUUCAAUUAUGCUCGUAUUUAUGGUAGCGGUGAACGACUUGCAAGGACUUUGUUGAAAAGGUUCAACUUUAAUAUGACACCUGACGAAAUAAAUAAAAGAAUAACACAACUUUUUCGCAUGACCAAGGGUGAACGUAAGUAUCUCCUAAGCAUGGACGGAAGGUAUUACGCCAACAAACUCAAAACAAAAAUCAAUCCUAUGGCAUCCAGAGGGGGCCUUGUUUCUUACGCGGAUGUCAAGACUUUGGAAAGUGCUGCCAAAGUUGCCUUUGGAGGGAUGAUGGGAAUGAAUGCUCAGGGCCUGAUUGUAGGACGGGUUUGGGAUGGUGGAAUGGAGUCUGAAAUGUUUAACCGCAUUGAAAAGAUUGCAAAAAAUAUGUGUCCAUCUACUCCAGUGCUUGGAGCAAGAAUAAGCACAGCAUUAGAACCUUCAAAAGUGUGGGAAAAUUUUCUCCCCUCAAGAAUGAAUUGGGUGGUGCAAAGUUCGGCCGUGGACUAUAUGCAUCUUCUUAUUGUUUGUAUGAGAUGGCUGAUUGAUAAAUUCAAUAUCAAAGCAAGAUUUUCUAUCAGUAUUCAUGAUGAACUCCGAUACUUGUGUGCAGAAAAGGACAAGUACAGGGUUGCUCUCGCCUUGCAAAUAUCCAACCUCCUCACAAGAUCAAUGUUCGCAUAUAAACUAGGAAUGAAUGAUUUGCCAUUGGGGGUUGCAUUCUUCAGCUCUGUUGAGAUUGAUAAAGUCAUCAGAAAGCAACACCUGGACGAUUGCAUUUCACCAUCAAACCCUCUGGGUUUGCAAGGCUCAUGUGGCAUAGGACUGGGUCAAUCUCUAGAUAUAUUUCAAAUACUAGAGAAAACCAACGGAGGCAUGCUGGCAUGAAGAAAAACACUAGCUAGAGCUUGCUAAUCCUUCACCACAAUCAUGGUUAGGAUAAUCAUUUACUUUCCACCACUGCCUUAUAUUUUCUUUUCCCCCUAUCCCCCAAGUGUUAGAAACUGCAACAAUCAUUUCAUGUCAAUAUAUUUA